UCCGGGUCGCGCUGAGGCGGGUCGGGGAACGUGGCCAUGGUGCGGCGGCGGCGGCGGCAGGAGGAGGAGGCGGCCCGCGUGGGCCCGGCCGCCACGCCGCCCUCCUCGGAGGAGGACGAGGGCCCAGAGGAGCUGUCCUUCGGCACAGCGAGGGCGGAGGCCGAGGCCGCGCGGAAGCUCGCAGGGGAGGCUGCGCGGAGGCACCGGGAGCUGCUGAAGGAGAGGCGGCGGCGGCGGCAGGAGCUGUUCACGGAGCAGAAGAGAAGGAAGCUGCUGCCCGAGGCCCUGCUGCAGGAGCUGGCCGCCGCGCCGCUUGCACGAGCAGAUGAGCCGAGCCCCACAGCUGCACCAGGUACUUUGAACGUUCCAUUUCUGCAGCUCACAGCAGAGAAUGAAGGUAAACAUCGUGAAGGGAGGUCUGCAAAACAGAGUGAAGACCACAGCCCAAAACAGGUCAAGAAAAACAAAGCAGGAGGCACCAGGUCAAAAGGAAACUAUAUUGCUGUCCACUUGAAAGAUGAGAACUUAACAGGCCUCCACCAACAAACAGCAAAAGACUUCAUCUACAGUCAACUCUACGGCCCAGGCACCAACCGAACAAGCGCAAAUGAAUUCUUUUCCAUUGCAAACAAGAAAGACAAAGUUAAAAAAGCUGCAGUUCAGUUUGUGGACAAAUCUUGGGGGCUAGAAAAAAAGCAAAGAGCAACAAAGUUUACGAAAUACUGGGUCGCAAGAAGGGUGACGAGUACACUUUGAAGACAACUUUUUCAGAAGAUGCUAUCAAAGGACUUGUACUUGAAGUUAAUUUCUCAUGGCCUACAAGUAAACAGGUGUCAUCUCCUCCCCCCCUUCUCCAUCAUUACUACUCUUUCAGCUUUGGGCAAUGGACAGUUCCACAGUCAUCCUGGUUGCCCUCUGCAUUCUUACCUCCCCUGGCAGAAGUUGUUGGGGCAGCUAAGACACUGCUGGACUUUGUUCCAUGAGGCAACUCAACUGCAAAGAAUAAAGAUGAAUUAUUUCAUA